AUGCCCUCAUCGAUUCGACCGUUGCAUCAACUAUUGGCGAACAUCUUCUCGAGAACAUGUGCUCUCAGCGUGCUCUCGGCAGCUGGUUCAUUCCAAACGUUCGCCACGCCGAUCUUCCAACGUCACCUUUUUGAUUCACUGGGCGAUCUGGCCGAUUUGUUUUUCUGGUUGCACGGGGCACAACAUGAUCAAGAGGUGGACUACACGCUAACUUCUUUGGAUGAUGGCAAGGUGUUUUAUCAAACAUUUUCCUCAAGCCAGAGUGCACACAUUCUGGAACGCAGGAUGUAUUCUCAGACGCUGGCAACAGCGGAUAACAAGAUUUCGCGUGACAUGGAAAACUAUGAGGGGACACCCAUCGCUGAAGACAUCACUCGUUCCUUGUGA